AUGAGUGACCCUGUCUCGGGCGAGCUCCCGCUGCACCCACACGCCUCGGAUGCAUCGACGUUCUCCUACGGCGAUUACUGGAAAUCGCUCGCGACGCUCCCCCCUUCCUCUGCCACGGCGCAUCAACCGUCCCCGCUCUCACUCGCACCCUCAUCCACAUCAUCGCCGACAUCGUCAGCCGUGCACAUCGAUGCCCAGGAAACGAGCUCGGCAGAGGUGAGCGCCGGCACUGCAACGCCGACACGCGUUAUUCACGCCGCCACCAGCGCCUAUCGACUCCGGCUUUCUCUUUCCCCAAACCGAAAGCCGCCAGUCUCCACGCCGCUUUCGCAGCGGCGCCAAAACACACAGCGGCCCAAGUGGGAGGGGAAAGCUUCGACAAGAGAAGGGGUGCCUCGAGCGGCGACGCACCUCUCCCGUCGCAGCACACAGAAGGAAAAUACGUACUGUCAUGACACUGUCGCAGAGGCGGACACGGUCUCCCCGCAUCGGGAUCGCUGCUCUUCACCUGACUCGGUUAGCUCUUUUGAAUGGAGUAGCAGCGACAAGGAAGUGCGUUGCACGCACAGUGCAGCUUCUGAUGCGACGCGCCAGCAGCAGCUGCCCGCAGGUGCCACAGCCGGCGUGCUGCCUCGUUCCACCACUGCGAGAGACUCCUAUGUUUUGGAUGCGCAGGUCCUCCAGGCCGUGCGGUGUUACGAGGAGUGGCGUCGUUGUCUCGGCGCAGCGGACGGGCGCGACAACGCAAGCCGCACGUUGGAUGCGACGGAGAGUUUCUCGAACGCGGAUCGCAGCGACGGUGUCACUUCUCGGCUGACAGAAAGACUCGACCCGGUGGAGGAAGACGAAGGAAGACGGGCCAGAGCGUCACAGGAGCAGAUACGUACAAAGGCAGUAGAACAGAAGUCUCCUGUUGCGUCAAAGCGCGGCGCCAGCGGUGAAGUGGCGGUUGAGCUGUCCGCCUUGCCAGUGGAAGCCCUUUCCCGUGCCUCUGCACACGAUGUCCGUGUCGAAACGACGACGCAAGCUGCACUGCCUGAGCAGCGCCGCCACCGCCGCAGCCUUUCUCUUUUGAUCGCGAUGGACAGUCAGCGGGCAUGUUCCUUCGCCUCCCCCGCGAGUUCGUCGGACGCUGCAAGGGACGGGACAGACAAAAGUUCCAGAGGACAGCGCAACGAGACGCACGGGCUGACCAACGUGCAAACCGAAAGGAGAGGAGGAGGGGACAGCUCUUCUCCCCCUCCCUUUCCCGCAGCAACCACUGCUGGGUCGCCAUCGCCGUCAGUGUGGUGGCGGUGGGACGCAUCCGUGCUCUCCUCCUCUGCCGCCUCUCCGCUGGCACCGCAGCCGGACGACUCGCUACCGCACGUAUCUUGUCUCUUGGACGAGGUCCAUGACAGGGCCGAGGUGGCCGAACAUUUGCGACUGCGUGCGCGGCCACCACCGAUGGCGGACGAAACCAGCGAAGACGCUCGUACCCCUCCGCCGCCCAGUUCGGUUCAGCGGAGACUCUUCGCCGAGGGAGAUGAGGAGGAAGACGAGACGGAGGCCGGCCGUGAAAGGAGCCGCGUGAACGCAGCGGGAGAAACACGCAAUACGACUGCCACCUGCUCCUUCAACGAGGAUGCGGCAAACGGGGCAGAUGUUUGCCGGCUACCCCGCUUCGAUCCGCCACUCGUAGAAACAGUUGUUGAGCUCAGCUGCAGCAGUAGCAGUCGUAGCGACUCAUGCGGCGGCACCGCAGCCGAUAGCGACGGGAUUGGCGUUGCCAUUGCGCCAGAGGACUGCACGGAGUCGCUGUUGCAGGAGGAAGAGACGCUGCUGCGGCAGUCACCGAUAUCGGCUGCAUUACACAACACGGUCCGGAGCACUUUGUCCAGCUUGGCUGGGCAACCCGAUGGCCCUCCACAAAACGGGUGGGAUCGACAGCCAUCGCAACACAGAGCUGUAGAGGUAAGUCGCACGGCGCAGGAGCAGCUCUGCGAGCACCCUCUUUACCUGAAACACCGCGCGGCCGUCUCCGCACUCUACUCCGCACGACUGCUGGAAAGUGAGAAGCAGAAUGAAGAACUGCAGCUGUUUCUCUGCUGGGCGCAGGAGAAGGCAGAAAGGCGCGGGUGUCGGCGGCGGUCCGCGCAGACACACGCAUCACAAAAGAUGGACGCGCCACCCGGACGGCCGCGCGCUACACCUGCUGACGAGGCACCUUUGCUGCCUGCAAACUCCUCAGUCGCUGCUACCACCGAGGUGCCUUCGAGCACUGCCUUCACGACCAGUGCGACGGUGCGGCAGAUCUGGCGGAACGCAUAUACACGCUGUCUAGGGCCACGCUUUCCAUGCGGGCCUUCCACCAGCAGCACAUGCGACUCCUCAGGGAGCAACGCAACCGAGUUGCCGGCACCUCGGGGAUCUCCUUACGCGACGCCACCGUGCGUCCCCGCCGUCUACGUCGCCCCGCCCACUCCUUCGAAUUCGACCGCGCCUGCUGUGUCAGCGCUACCCAACGAUGAUGCGCAGUGGCUUACGCCGUCCUCUGCAAACGCGCGGUUUAUAGCGUGGAUUUCAAACGAUGUGGAUGUCUACGAAGACCUUCUCCAAUGA